CGCGGCGGAGGGACGAAGUAGACCCGGACGCGGCGGCGGCGGCGCCCCUGCAGGACGCGGAGCUGGCCCUGGCUGGCAUCAACAUGCUGCUCAACAACGGCUUCAGGGAGUCGGAUCAGCUUUUCAAACAAUACAGAAAUCAUAGCCCGCUAAUGAGUUUUGGAGCCAGCUUUGUGAGUUUUUUGAACGCCAUGAUGACCUUUGAGGAGGAGAAGAUGCAGCUGGCGUGCGAUGACUUAAAAACCACGGAGAAGCUCUGUGAGAGUGAAGAGGCUGGCGUCAUCGAGACAAUUAGGAACAAAAUCAAGAAGAAUGUCGAUGCCCGCAAAUCUGCCCCCUCAAUGGUUGAUCGACUUCAGAGGCAAAUCAUUAUUGCUGACUGCCAGGUCUACCUGGCUGUGCUCUCGUUUGUGAAACAAGAACUCUCAGCCUAUAUAAAAGGUGGAUGGAUCCUUAGGAAAGCCUGGAAGAUUUACAAUAAGUGCUAUGUGGACAUCAACGCCCUGCAGGAGCUGUAUCAGAAGAAGCUAACAGAAGAGCCCUUAUCUUCUGAUGCCGCAAACGAUAAUCACAUAGUGGCUGAAGGGGUGACUGAGGAGUCCCUAAACAGACUGAAAGGUGCUGUCAGCUUUGGAUAUGGCCUUUUUCACCUUUGCAUAUCCAUGGUGCCCCCAAACCUGCUCAAAAUCAUCAACCUGCUGGGGUUUCCUGGAGACCGCCUACAGGGCCUUUCUUCACUGACGUAUGCAAGCGAAAGUAAGGACAUGAAGGCCCCUUUAGCUACAUUAGCUCUGUUGUGGUACCACACGGUGGUCCGCCCGUUUUUUGCCUUGGAUGGCAGUGACAGCAAAGCAGGCCUGGACGAAGCUAAGGAGAUUCUUCUCAAAAAGGAAGCUUCUUAUCCCAACUCCUCCCUCUUCAUGUUCUUCAAGGGGCGGAUCCAGCGACUAGAGUGUCAAAUCAACAGUGCCUUGACUUCCUUCCACACUGCUUUGGAACUCGCCGUAGAUCAGAGGGAGAUUCAGCAUGUCUGUCUGUAUGAAAUCGGCUGGUGCAGCAUGAUUGAACUCAACUUCAAGGAUGCAUUUGACUCCUUUGAGAGGCUGAAAAAUGAGUCCAGAUGGUCGCAGUGCUAUUAUGCAUAUUUGACUGCAGUUUGUCAGGGGGCCACUGGUGACGUGGACGGCGCACAGCUUGUCUUUAAAGAAGUCCAGAAGCUGUUUAAAAGGAAAAACAACCAGAUUGAACAGUUCUCAGUCAAAAAGGCGGAGAGAUUUCGGAAGCAAACCCCAACCAGAGCUCUGUGUGUGCUGGCAUCCAUAGAAGUGCUGUACUUGUGGAAAGCCCUUCCCAACUGCUCCUUCCCCAACCUGCAGAGGAUGAGUCAAGCUUGCCAUGAAGUGGACGAUCCUUCUGUCAUUGGAUUGAAGCAUUUGCUCCUUGGUGCCAUACACAAAUGUCUCGGAAACUCAGAAGAUGCUGUUCAGUUCUUCCAGCGUGCUGCUAAAGAUGAGCUGUGUCGUCAGAAUAACAUGUAUGUCCAGCCGUACGCGUGCUAUGAACUUGGCUGUCUCCUGCUAGGCAGGCCAGAGACUGUAGGAAGAGGCAGAACUCUACUCCUUCAGGCCAAGGAGGAUUUUUCUGGCUACGACUUUGAAAACAGAUUGCACGUCCGCAUCCACGCUGCUCUGGCCUCUCUGAAGGAACUGGUCCCUCAGUGAGAAACUCCAAGUGACCCCUCUGUCCCCUCCACCCAGGGUCAGCACUUUGAAAGCAGAGGAGAAAGGCCUUUGAAGAUGAGGUUCUCUCCUGCAGACCACCUGUACCAGGGGUGGGUUCCGUGUCGCUGACGUAUCAAAGAUCCCUCUUUUAAACAUAUAGCUUCGGAGUAAUAAAGAUGUUGAAAAUGAUAAAAAAUAACCUACCUGGAGAGGGUUAAGUGACCUUGUUCAAACAUUUUAGUUUUGUGAUUUAUUAUUUUUAAAAUAAAAUCAAACUAAAGAUUCA